AUGGUUUCGAAGGCUUAUCUGCUCGGCUGGGCAGCAGCGGUUGCGAUCGCCUCCCCAGCUGCUGUUGAAACUCCCUUCAGUUGGAAGAAUACGGAACACGUACUCACAUUUGGUGACUCCUACACAUUCGUCCAAGGAACCGAAGGUCGCUGGGCAUACAGCUUCAUCGGAUCUCAGCUGAACAUCUCCUUCACGCCCGAGCAACUCCUCGGCGACCGCAUCGUUCCGGGCCAGAACACAUCUUCUGCUGGCGGGCCGAACUGGGUUCAAGAACUCACUGGCUGCAAGGAGGGCCGCCCCCGGGACUGCGAGAAGCAGCUAUGGGGAUUUGCAUACGCCGGAGCUGAUAUCUCGACUACCUUCGUCUCUUUGCACUGGAACCACACCAUCUCGUAUGAGAAACAGGUUGAACAAUGGGAUACCUACGGCAAGUCGGUCAUCAACGCCGAUCCCGCAAAGUCGCUCGUUGCCUCCUACAUUGGAAUUAAUGACAUCAACGACAUGGCCAACUUCCAACUCCCGGUCAAUGGACUGAGUAGCUGGGAGGAGCUGUACACUGCAGUCAUCGCCGAGCAGUUUGCAGCGUUAGAAACAGUUUACAAAGCUGGCCAUCGCAAUUUUCUGUUCUUGAACUUACCUCCGCUCGACAAAAACCCUGCAUCGCAGCUCAACCCAGCCCGUCUGCCAAGCACAGAUAUGAUCAAGACAUUCAACAGCGUAGUCAACCAGACAACAAAGGCGUUCUCGGAAAAGCAUGCCGAUGCGACUGUGUUAGUCUUUGACACGUACAGCUGGCUUACAGAGGUCUUUGAAAACGCGGCGUCUUAUGGAUUCACCAACACGACCUCGUUCUGCCCCAGCUACAAGGCCUGGGAUAUCGAUACCAACUAUGCUGCGUACGGGUGUCAGCCGAUUUAUGAGUACUUUUGGUAUAACUCGGGGCAUAUUACGUAUCAUGUCCAUGAGCUCCUGGCGCAAAAGGUCAACGAGUUUCUGGUUCAGAAGAGCGCUAGUGGAUGUGGUGGGAAGAACCAGACACUGAGCGCGUGGGGAACGAGAUGGGUUGGCGGGGAGUCAACUUAA